CCGUUCCAGCACCAUCGAAGUACAAUACGUAAAUAAAAACAUCAAACAACACAACCAACACAAGCUGUGACAGUGGAGAAGCAAAGAAAAAGUCACACCGAAGAAAGAAAGCAGUGAAAAGAUAGGAGGAAAUCGCUUCCGUCAGGCUACUACUGGCUGCAAUAGUUGGGUUAAACUCGAGAUUCGUCCGCAGAACUACGGGAAAAAGCGCCGUUCGAAACCGUUCAUAAUUUGUUGCAAGACAGGACGACUUGGGGUUGCUGGUACGUGCCUGGUGGCACCAUUGCGCUACAGCUGUGUGCGAGUUAGCCAGCCAGCUUUCUGCCUGUGCAGAAUGUGACACUGUUCGUGACACGGUUCGUUGUUGUGUGGUGCAAUGGCGCUAGCGAAAGGAAAGUGAGUCGCGACGGAGAAGAUUUGCUGCAUUCCCACCGUGAACCUUCCGGCUGGCCAACCUCCAUCAUCUGCCUGCCACCCGCCCGUAUGUGUACGCGAACGCGUGUGUGUGUUCCCGUUCGGUGGGGUAGCAAGUAGGACAGCGACGGCGGCGAGAGGAGGACCGUCUUCCUCCUGGACCACCGUCUGCUGGUGGGUCGUCCGCUGCAAUAGUGCGUUUGUGAAUCGACGGUGUGCAUCGUUACGAGUGUUUUUUUUCCUUUUUGUUUUUGGACAGUAGGAAGCCUCCCGAAAACCGUUCUGGCAGCAUCACAGCCUACUUUGUUGUCGUACACCGUUGUGUGUUAUUUGUUUUCGCAAAGGCAGUGCAAAGGCCAUCGAGCACAUCCGGAGCACUGUCGUCUUUAGUGGAACGGGAUAAUCGAAGGCACCGUUGCCGCAGGGUGCUGCCGAACACACUGUGUGUCUGUGUGCUACGUGUGUGUGUGUGUGUGUGUGUCUAGCCGUACCAGUGUUAAGGUGGUGCACAGUUCUGCUGCGCCUGCAGCGUAAACUAGCCCGUAUCGGGUGAUUCGCUGUUCGAAAGUGGAGUGGUCUUCCGGAAGCGCAUCGAAGCGGAAUGCCGCUCGAAUAUCUGCAAAUGUUUGUUUAUCUGCUGCACAAAUCCAAGUACCGAAGAAAAUGUGGCCCACCACUGCCGCCACCAUCCGUGGUGGUGGCGGGUGGCCGUGCCAUGGAUCUGUGUCGUCUUUCGCUGGUGGUGCUGUUAGCUUUAUCAUGCCAUUUUGGGCCUACCGGCGUGUCGAGCCAAGGGGUGGCCGGUGUGACCAGUCCCGGCGACCGAUGCACCGAAGUACGGUGCAUGAACGGUGGUGUCUGCAAAAACGGAACCUGUCUCUGCCCGGACGGCUGGCAAGGGUCCGAGUGCCAAUUCUGCGGUGGUAAGGUUAGAUUGACGGAUCCAUCCGGCAGCAUCCACGACGGACUGGGCAACUACUCGAUCGGUGUCAAAUGUAGCUGGUUGAUCGAUGCGCGCGAACACAACAGCAUCACCGACAGGGUAUCGACCAGCCCCUCGCAACCCUCGGUGAUACGGCUCCAUCUGGAAGAGUUUGCGACCGAAUGUGGCUGGGACCAUCUGUACGUUUACGAUGGUGAUUCGGUCGAGUCACCGCUGCUGGCCGUGUUUAGCGGGCUGAUGUAUCGGAAGAACUUCACCAUCCGCCGAAUACCGGAGGUGUUUGCCCACUCCGGCUCAGCCCUGCUGCACUUCUUCAGCGACGAUGCGUACAAUAUGUCGGGGUUCAACAUUUCCUACCAGGUGAACGCAUGCCCAACGAACGAUACGUCCCUGAACUGUUCCGGCAAUGGAGAGUGCUGGAAUGGAGAGUGCAGCUGCAAUACGGGAUUUACCGGAGCGGCCUGCAAUAUUCCACGGUGCCCCAACUAUUGUUCCGCCCAUCUGGGACGCGGCGUGUGCAACGAGAAGCAGCAACGGUGUAUCUGCAGUGCCGGGUAUACGGGGAACGAUUGCUCGCAGACGAUCGCACACGGGCACUGGACGGCGAUCGAUGCCGGGGAGACGGAGGGCUUCACGCCGCCGGGCAGUGCAUCGCACGGGGCGGCCGUCUUCCACGACACGCUGUACGUGAUUGCGGGCGAGAGCUACGGUAAGGCGGAAGCACUGCUGUACAUGUACGAUUUCAACGGGAAGGUAUGGGAAACGGCCCAUACAGAGAGCAAACCGGUGCCGGAACUUCGGUACGGCGCGUCGACGGUCAUCUUCGGCGACAAGAUUUUCAUGUACGGCGGGGUGAUCGAGGGCAAGGGUGUGUGCGGCGAGCUGUGGGCGUUCGAUGUGAGUGCAAAGAUUUGGGAGAACAUCACCGUCAAGUCGGAACAGUGCAACGAAACGUACGAGAUGUGUGGUCCACUGCGUUCCGCCGGCCAUACUGCGACGAUCGUGACCAACUACGAUCAGGUCGGUGGAGCGGGGAAGAAGGUACUGUCCGGUGGUGGCAGUUCACAGAAGAUGGUGGUCAUUUUUGGCCAUUCGCCCCAGUUCGGGUACCUUAACACGGUGCAGGAGUUUAACUUUGGGACGCGCGAGUGGAAGAUCGUGCCUACGCGGGGCUACCCGGUGAAGGGUGGCUACGGCCACUCGGCCGCGUACGAUCCACUGCGGGAACGGAUCUACGUGUACGGUGGCAUCGUGUCGGAGAGUGACAGCUCGCAGCUGCUGAGCAACAAGCUGUUCAGCUACGAACCGCACGAGCGGCUGUGGACGUUGCUGGAAACAGCACCGACGGCGCGGUUCCUGCACACGGCCAACUUUCUGACGCCUGGCCUGAUGAUGGUGUUCGGUGGCAAUACGCACAACGACACGUCGCAUAGCUUCGGGGCGAAGUGCUACUCCCGCGAUCUGAUGGUGUACGACGUGCUGUGCGACUCGUGGCACACGCAACCGAUGCCGGGCGAUCUGUACGCGGACCUGGCACGGUUUGGACACUCGGCGGCCGUCUUCGAAAAGUCGCUUUACAUCUACGGUGGGUUCGAUGGGCAGAUGAUAAACGAUAUGCUCAAGUUUACACCGGGCGAAUGUCAAGCGUUUAACCGCACGGACCAGUGUCUGAAUACGCGCCCGGGUGUAAAGUGUGUGUGGGACAUUCAGAGGAGCAAGUGUAUGCCGGUGGCGGCCGUGCAGCGCGACCGGCUGUUCGAUCGCGAUCAGGACGGGUUGGAGGUGUGCCCGAAGAAGAGCCGACUGGUGAUGACACAGCAGGAGCUGAUGGAUUACGAGCUGUGCAGCCAGCUGACGACCUGCCAGGGUUGCGUUUCGACCGCGUACGGGUGCAUGUUUUGCGGCAUCGGCAACGGGAAGGGUAUCUGCGUGAAGGAGAAGUGUCCAGACGUGUCGUACACGUUUCGGGCCGAUUUCUAUCCCACCAAAGCGCUGAAGGAUUGUCCGGACAACGAUGAGCACGUGUGCGCGCAGCUGCACGGAUGUCACGCUUGCACGGCUGUGAGCGUAUGCCAUUGGGACUACGAGCAUAGCAAGUGCCAGUACAGUCGGAACAAGUCGGGCGAUGCGCUGAACGAUGCGUGUCCGCCGGCGUGCUCGGGCCUUACGUCGUGCGGCAAUUGUACGCAGGAAGAGUGCAUCUGGUGCCAGAACGAACAGCGGUGCGUGGACAAGAAUGCGUACACGGCCAGCUUCCCGUACGGGCAGUGUCGCGAGUGGACGACGGGAUCGAGCAAAUGUCGGGCGGCCAGCAGCGGCAAGAGCCAGUGCGGCUUCUACCGCACCUGCGCCCAGUGCCGGGACGAUCCGGCCUGCGGUUGGUGUGACGAUGGUUCCAUGACCGGGCUGGGCAAGUGUUUGCCGGGCGGGGACAGUGGAGCCCACGAGGAGUCCGAAUGUCCGGCCCAGCGGUGGCACUUUACGCACUGUCCCAGCUGCCAGUGCAACGGGCACAGCACCUGUCCCGAUGCGAAGACGUGCAAGCAACCUUGCAACGAUCUAACGGUGGGCCCGAACUGCGACAAGUGCAAGCCGGGCUACUGGGGCAACCCGGUGAACGGGGGCAUCUGCCAGAAGUGUGAAUGCAACGGGCAGGCCCAGUACUGUCACAGCGAAACGGGCAAGUGCUUUUGCAGCACCAAAGGGCUGGCGGGCGAUCAUUGCGAAAAGUGUGACGCCACCAACCAUUACCAUGGUGACCCGAGCCGCGGUUCGUGCUACUACGAUCUGACGAUCGACUAUCAGUUUACGUUCAACCUGUCGAAGAAGGAAGACCGCCACUUUACCCAGAUCAACUUCCGCAACUCGCCCGUCAAGCCGGACAUCGAUGCGGACUUUACCAUCACGUGCAGUGUGGCGGCCCGGAUGAACAUUACCAUCCGGACGGCGGGCGGCAUCGAGAAGCCACUGUUUUCCGCCGUCAACUGUUCCACCUUUCGGUACCGAUUCUCCAAGGCGGAGCAUCAGUUCGGGAUCGAGGACAACGUGACGCUGACCACGUUCUACGUGUACGUGUACGACUUUCAGCCACCGCUCUGGAUACAGAUUGCGUUCUCGCAGUAUCCGAAGCUGAACUUACAGCAGUUCUUCAUCACCUUCUCAACAUGUUUUCUGUUACUCCUCGUGCUGGCGGCCAUCCUGUGGAAAAUCAAGCAACACUACGACAUGUUCCGGCGCCGUCAGCGACUGUUUGUAGAAAUGGAACAGAUGGCGUCGAGACCGUUUUCGCAGGUUUUGGUCGAGAUAGAAAGUAGAGAGUACAACGAGCUAUCGCCAGCGGUAGAAAAUAUUACCGCUGCGCCCCGGAAACGUAAAAAGGACUCACCCAGUCCGAUCGCGCUGGAGCCAUGCGAAGGCAACAGGGCGGCAGUUCUUUCGCUUCUAGUCCGGCUGCCAACGGGCGGCCUUCAGCAUUCUCCUCCUGGUCAAUCGGCAGGUCUUGCCGUCGCAAGUGCAUUAGUAACGUUAGGAAACCCACGACGCUCGUCGAUAGAACAUCCGAAGGAACCGAAGACUAAGCGUAAGCAGAGCCAACACCCUGAUAGUUGUAUAUAAUCAUCAUGUCUACGUAUAUCCAACCCCACGGGAGGCAUGCAAGCAGGUGGUCGUAACGUAUUGGUAUGGUGCCCCGCUGAAUUCGGUCCAUUCGGCUCCGAUACGGCUCGGCAAAGUACAUUACAAAACAGCCACAAACCAUACGAGCAAGUGAUGAAAAGCGUUGGACUUUACAAGGAUGGGAUUAGCACCAUUGGCCCUCUGCGAGCCACCGGAAGCAGUACAGAGUCUGAGACUAGGAACGUGGUCGGCGAAGAUAAACGGUUCGCCGCGCUUGGUUUACAACAAUAAUGCUAAUAAUUAACUAAACUACCAAUAAUUAUAGUAAUGAUAGUCGGAGCAAGGAAGCGACCGUGGCAACGAUACGAGAGCGUUUUGGACACUUGGCGAUUGUGGAUUGUACAUGCUCUUUUAAACACGUGCCGCAUCGUAACGAAUGUGCGGCAGUAGAAACGGACGACGUUCGAUCGGUUUGCUAAGAGUAGCAAACGCCGUGCAUAGUUCUUGGUUGGGUUUCAGCCCUUUUUUACCACUACACACGGGCGGCACCGAUAGAAUAUCAGCUUUGGUUUGAACGCCGCACAUCGGUGCGUUUGAUUGCAUUUCCCGUACCCGUUUUGUACAUGCUGCCAGCUGCACAAAAUACUCUUCCGACAUGCUUUUUUUUCCCGGUUCGAUUCUUUCUUCUUCGCGAGUCUGUGCACGGGAGGGAUGAUGGUUUACAUUUUUUAAACUACCAAUAUGUGCAAUUCCACUAGCAGGCCAAACGUUGUGUGUUGUGACGACGAGGAAGGAACGUGGAUCAUCGCCAAAGUCGCGUGUCCGAUUUUAUUGCAAACAACAAUAAUGACUGAUAUGAACUCAUAGAACCGCCUAUCGCCUAGUUGUAACAGAAUGCAAAAAUACAUCAUCCGGCGGGUAAUAAGUAAUAAUGAACAAAGGUAGCGAACCCGGAUAGAUAGAGGAUGCUGACUAGGGAAACAGGUAGCUUGACUUGGUAGAAACGGUUCCGGAUGAUGGAGAGAGACAAGGUGGGAAAUCGAACGCGCGUGAACAUUGUGAUGAAUUAUUAGGAUACGUAUUGAUCGCGAGACAGAUCGGGGUUUUUGUGUUGGUUUUCCCACCCCCCCCAUAUUUCGGUUUUCGGUGCGCGAUUAUGUGAAUGCUCUUUUCCUGCACGGUGUGUAUAUUUAGGGUGCGGCAAGAUAGGCAAUAGGUUUCAUCAGGAUCUGUGUUGUUGUGUUCUCUUUUGCAAAGCAUUAGAAUUAGAAGAACGGGUUGCACAGGAACCCGUUCCCCAAAGGGCGGGAUUAACACGGGAAAUGGGGUUGAAAAAAAAAAACCCCGGACAAAGUACGUUGUGCGUUUAAAAUCAAAAUUGCAUGUGAAAGUCGGGUGGUUUAAAAAUUGAUGCAAAACAGCGCUACUAGCAUACAACAUUACUGCAACGAAAAAAAACGGGAAAACAAUUAUUUUUUGUUGCUUUUUUCACACUAGUUUAGAUCGUGGAAAAAGGCUACAAAAGGAGCUACCUUUUUUCCCCCCCGCAAACGCGCUGCAACUUGGAGGAAGCUUUGCUGCUGCCUUCCAGCAUACGUGUAGCAUAAGUGUGGUCGUGUGACUAUGAUAUAUGCAUUAUACAUACAUCUAUACGUACCUAUAUACAUACGGAACAUAUAUUUAAUUACGAGGGCAAAUCGGUGCCGGAGGGUCCACCGGACGGCACCGCACUUUUAAUCCAGCAUCAUCGAACGCGUGUCACGCGCGUGUGCAUUCGUUUCGUUCAUUUAGAUACGUUUCGUUAGCUUGUUUUGGUUUGGUUUUGAAAGGUAUCUAGGAGCUGGUAGAAUUCGGGGCGAGCCGCCGACCGGAUAUACGUUAAGCAAUAAGAGGAGACGGGCAGAUAGGAUGGUCACGGCACGCGGCGGAAAGGAUAGGCAUUUUAACCAGAUCGAACUAACAGGAGAUGGCAACUGAUCCACGGUUCAAGCACGUGUGAGGUAGAGCGCAGGAACGGAUUAGUAUACAAUGGAGGAGAAAGGCAGAACAAUGAACGGUUGGAGCAACAAAUUUGCGGCUUUAACAAGGAAAAUCAAAUCAGAAAGAACCACUCCCCCACUCAUACAGAAAAACAAACGAAAACAGCGGAUGGAAGAAAAAAAAGGAAAAUAAAAAGAAACACACAUA